CACAAACAAAUGGAACAUUGGAACAAUAUGAUAGUUUAGAAAUUGGGCAAGAAAUAUGUUAUAGUCAUUAUUUAGACAUUGUUGAGCCCGAUCGUAAUUUUAAAAAAAAAUAUCUAGUUGAAAUAGAAAAAACAAACACUCAAAAACCUGAAGCAAGCAUUGAUAAUAAACUGGUCGCACAUUGUAAUAUUCAGAAUCCCGAAGCCAACAUUAAUAAUAAAACAAUUGUAGAUUGUAAUACACAAAAAUUUUUAUCAAAUAAAAGUCUUUCAUUUGCAAACCAGACUGUAAUGGCACAGGCCAAUCAAAACAACAUUGUAUCAACUACAAAUCACG